CAAGCAAAGCCGAGCAUCAGCGAGCAUCCGAGGCCAACUGUUCGACUCCAUUGUCGACCACUGUCAAUAUUAGCGCCAUUGCAACUGCUGGGUGUGGGCGAAUCUGCGCCCCGCCACCGGAAGCGAAAAGCAGCACCCUGAAUUUCUCAUCGUUCAAAUCUAGCUUCACUUCCAAUGUUAAUUUCCUGAAGAGAAGAUUCAGUUCGGGAGACUUGUCUUCCGAGGUCGACGAUGUCGAUCCCAAUAGCUUGCCGCCAGCGGCUCGUCCCAUUCAAGACCAGCCCACGAAGCCGACGGUGCCGGUUGCCGGCGGCCCUCCCAAUAUGCCGCCUCCGCCGGCACCGGGCCAAUCGGCGCCUGGCCAACCGACUGGAGCCGCUCCGGAGCUGUCGCUAAGCUUCGGUGCCGGCAAGGCGCCGACUACAGCGGCUCCGGCACCACCGCGCGGUGUCAGUGCCCCCACCAGUCCGGCCAAGUCGCGCGAGAGUCUGCUGCAGCGAGUGCAGAGCUUGACGGGCGCUGCCCGAGAUCAGGGCGCCUCCAUACUGGGAGCUGCUGUGCAGAGUGCCACACAACGGACGCCGGCCUUCAAUAAGGACAAGUAUUUCACGCUCCUGGUGCUGGACGACCAGAACACGGACUGGUCCAAGUACUUCCGGGGCAGGCGGCUGCACGGCGAUUUCGAUAUACGCGUAGAGCAGGCCGAGUUCAGGGACAUUACGGUGGUCUCCAGCGCAGAUACCGGACCGGUAGUCACCAUGGCCGCCUACCGCAGCGGCACUCGGGUUGCGCGUUCCUUCCGGCCGGACUUUGUGUUGAUACGGCAGCCGCCACGUGACGGUUCCAGCGACUUCCGCUCCACCAUUCUGGGCCUCAAGUACGGCGGUGUGCCCAGCAUCAAUUCGCUGCAUUCGAUCUAUCAGUUUCAGGACAAACCCUGGGUGUUCUCGCAUCUGCUGCAGCUGCAGCGACGUCUGGGCCGAGACGGCUUUCCACUGAUCGAGCAGACCUUCUUCCCGAAUCCACGCGAUUUGUUCCAAUUCACCAAGUUCCCCAGCGUGCUGAAGGCCGGACAUUGUCAUGGCGGAGUGGCCACCGCUCGGCUGGAGAACCAGAGCGCCCUGCAAGAUGCCGCCGGACUAGUCAGCGGUGCCGGCAACGAUACGCAUUGUUAUUGCACCAUCGAGCCCUACAUCGAUGCCAAGUUCAGCGUUCACAUCCAGAAGAUUGGCAACAACUACAAGGCAUUUAUGCGCAAAUCCAUCACCGGCAAUUGGAAGACCAAUCAAGGCUCGGCCAUGCUGGAGCAAAUCACUUUAACCGAGAAGUACAAAUCCUGGGUGGAUGAGAUAUCGGAGCUCUUUGGCGGCAUGGAAGUGUGUGGCCUGUCUGUGGUCGUGGCCAAAGAUGGACGCGAGUACAUCAUCAGUGCCUGCGACAGCACGUUUGCGCUCAUCGGAGACAGUCAGGAGGAUGACCGCAGGCAGAUUGCCGACUUGGUGUCGGGCCGCAUGCAGAACGUUUGCCGACCCAGCAUGGCUCAGACAGGACCGGGCAGGCUGCCCUCACGCUCGUCGGUGUCCUCGCGGGCCGAGAGCCCCACAGACGAUGGCAUGGCACCAACACCGCCACUUCCAGCCGGACCACGGCCAGCACCAAUGGGCGGACCACCUCCGAUACCGGAGCGCACCUCGCCAGCAGUUGGGUCCAUUGGGCGGCUGAGCAGCCGCAGCAGCAUAUCCGAGCUGCCGGAGGAGCCGUCCUCCUCAGGGCCGAGCACUGUGGGAGGAGUGCGGCGCGACUCGCAGACAUCGCAGGCAUCGAGCAUCUCGUCGGUGUCCAGGGUGGGACAACGUCCUCCGCAGACGCAGAGCUCCGUGGUGGAGGAUGCGGAGGACACGAUGAAGAACCUGAGGAAGACGUUUGCGGGGAUAUUUGGUGACAUGUAGGAAAUCGCUAAUAAGAAGCGCGGCAGAACGGCGAGCGAGACAAGCAGCGGCCUGGGCAGUGUGCCCAGCAGCGCAGGACCAGGAUCAAGUGGAGGCAGCGCCUUCAGUGGCUCCUUCCUGGGCAAGCAGUUCUCGUUCGCCUCGGGCGGCAAGUCAGGCAACGGCAAUGGCAAUGGCAACAGCAUAGAUGUGAUCUCCACACAGCCCAGCCGGCCGACGCAGGAUGAGCCAUUAACGGCCAGCUCAGCCGUCCAGCCCGGCAGCAGCGUUUCGGAUAGCGUUAAUACAAUUACGGAUACAAAUACGGAUAAAGCCGCCGGCGGCUAUAAGCCGGUGACCAACUUUGAGCCACAGGAACGGGUCAAUCCCUUCGACAAGGAGCCGCACAAGUCAACGAGCGUGGCCAGCAUCGCUGGUGCCGCCUCGAACAACACCACCUCAUCCUCCUCGUCGAUCUCAUCGUCAUCGAUCUCAUCGCGCAUCAAUCGCAAUGGCAACUCCAUCAAGUCACCGCCCCCACCCUCGGGGCCACCACCGCCGCCACCCACCGUGGCCACGGUUCACAGCAAUGCCAACAGCUCGAGUGGCUAUCGCAACAGCUUUAGCAGCACCCUCAGCAAGGACAAGACCAGCUACGGCAACUACGGCAGCUCCACCUCCAUCGAGACCAUCACACGCAUGGACACAAACACCACAAACACGGCAGCCACCGCCACGGGAGCCGGAGAGGCCAGCGGCAUCACGGCCAUCACGGCCAUCACCAGCAUCAGCAACAGUGCUGCUGGCACUGUAGGCGGAGCAGUGGCUCCCCCCACAACAGUCGGCGCAAUGACCACCUCGGCCACCACCAACGAUUGGCGCUCGGCCAUAGGCAUACGCUCGGCCAGCGUCUACAGUGCACCGGCGGCAGUGACCACCACAGCACUGCCGGGCGACACGUCCGGCUAUGACUCCAACUCGAUUGCCUCGCAGGCGGAAUACAACAAUCCCAGUGAUCUGCCCUCGUACACACGACCCUCGUACGCACGCUCCGAGAGCAAUGCCUCCAGGUCAUCGGAUCUGGACAUUAUAUUCGGCGAUCCCAAGAGCACCAGCAACACCAACGCAUCCUAUGGCAAUGGCAAGUUCACGAGGGCCUCCGGCUCCAUCUCGGAUGCGGAUAUGAUUUUCGGGGGACCUCCUUCGAACUACAAGACCGAUCGCUUCGGUGCGGCCAAGAGCAUGAGCAUGAGCUCCAGCGGAGUGGGUUCCGGCUCUGGGCCCGGUGUGGGCAGCUAUAAGACCUACGAAGGCAUACAGAAUGCGGCCUUCAGUGACUUCAGCGACACGGGCAGCAUGAGCAGCAUGGGAUCGGCCACCAGGCGCUGGAGUGCCGCCAGGGAAGAUGAUGAUGAAAUCGAUUUGAAGUGAAUCGAAAAAACGCACUCUAACCUAUAGCCAUCACCUAUCAUCGUUCACACAAACCUAUACUAUGGAAAUCGAUCUGUUUUCUGCCUCUGAAGUUUCCUGGUUUCAUGCGAAUGAACACUAAACACUAAACACUAAACACAUACUCGUCUAUCCACUGGGUUACUAUCCUUUUCACUAUGUAUUCUAACUAUAAAUGUGUGUCUUGUUACCGAAUAUUUACUGUAAACCCAUAGAAUUCAUUUGCCAUACAAGAAGGAAAGGGAAAGAAUGAGGAAAGCAGCAGCAGAAGCAACUCUGUAGACACUGUAGUACACUACUAAAUCUAUAAUUAUAACCACCAAUGCAACAACAAUAAUGCAAAGCCCGUACAUAAAUAAAUAUGUGUGCAAAGAGAUGACUUGACUGGUUUUGCAGCAUGGUAAAAGGAAAUGGAAAAUAAACAUAUUUAAUUACCAUACCUAAAACAUUUUGAAAGAUUUUCCAAAACAAAAAACAUAUACAUAUAUUAAAUAUAUUAUUGAGACAAAUAUUGAAUUAUAUAUAUACCUCCCCCACACAUAUUAUACCGAUUGAAUGUUGAGGACAUAGAAGGUAUCCGCAAGCGUCUAUAUAUUAAAUGUUAAUGGGAGAACUUUUAAUCGAAAAAAUGUAUUAAUGAAUUUGUUAUAUAAACCAACAUGAGACAGGAUAUAAUAUCAAAAAAGAACUAAAAACAACCACAAAAAAAAGGAUAAAGGACAAUAUGCGCAAGAGUAUGAUAAACAAGCAAAAGUUUAACACUAACACUAACAUAAUAUAUGAUAUGCGUUAUAAUUAUAAUGGAAAAAUCGAUUAUUGAACUACAUUCAUACGAGUAUAUGUAUUCCGAAAUAACUACGAGCAAAUGUUACAUACCAAACACACAAAGGCGAAUGCCACUUACACACAAACUAAAUGUUUAUUAUGGUAACCAACCAACCACAAAUAUUACGACUAUGAUUAUCAUUCUGAUCUAUUUAUGUAAGCAGUUAAUGUUUACGAACGAACGAAAGCUGCAGAAGGCUAUGGAGAGGUGUACCAGAGAAGGACAAGCAAUGUUAAGCUAGAAACAGCAACAAUGACGAACCAAACAUAUUCGAAUCUCUAAGGAUCCAACAGUGCGGAUCCACAGGAAUUACAAUUAUAGGGCUCAGUCGGUACAGGGAGAUUGGGAGCAGCAGCAGAUGAACAAUAUCUAGAUAAUACACAAUACAUAAAUAAAUAAAUACUUAUACAUAAAUGUUGCGAGCGACAACAACGAAGUCAUAUUAAUCCUUCAGGAUAUAUUCAACUGAUGCAAUAGCUUCGUAAUCGGUCGGGUUAUGCAUUUGAUUUAGCUGCAAUUGUUUUUAGAAUUGUUCCUUUGUUACGCACAUGUUUAAGCAUUAUUUAUACCAUAGACAAUUUUACAAACGUGUUCUGUUAAAGAUUUAAAUAAUAGACGAAUUCCAUAUCGAGGCAAUUAUUUCAAUUGGGUUGUAUUCAUCUUCCUCUCUCGCUCUGCCUAGCACUAAAACUAGGUAAAUAUAUAAGAGCAUUUUAAGGUACAUAUAUUUAAUAUACAAAGUAGACUCGAGAUAUUUGUUACUCUCCUCGAUUUUAGUAGAAUGCAACAAACAUUUUGAAUCUAAACAAAUUUACAACUUUACAACAAUAAUAAGGCAAAAAACACACAACUAUUGUUUUGGGCUCAUCCUAUAAUCCUAUCAUCGUUUACAUACCUACAUAUAUUAUAACAAAUAUACAAAAUAUGUAUUUAAGUAUAAGCGAAUCUUUGGCUACAUGUACUUUUUCGUAAACCGUAUACAUCAUCAAUAUAAUCGAACUGGCACAUAUUCACAAAAUGUUUAAGUACAUAAAUAAAUACAGGCAUCCAUCAACGGAACACCAUUAUAUGAUACAACAACAUGGCACACCCCACCCACAAGACACCCCAUAACUACUCGAACAACAUACAUAAAUACUUACAUACAUACAUACAUAUAUCAAAAAAUGCCGACAAGAAUGCUGAAAAAAUAUAAAUUGAAAUUCAAACGAAAUACUCAGAGCAUAAAGCGAUUAGCUUACACGACUUCUAAUCUGUUGCAAAAUACUAAACCAAAUAAAAUACUCGAAUUAUUGUGAAAGUAUAGCAAGAACAUUGUGCAUGUAUGUAUUUAUAUGUUGUCUGUAAUUGAUAAUUGAAAUCAACAUGAUCCAUUCCGAGCAAGAUGCUGGAAUGAUUGCACACACAAAUUUAUUGCAAAAAUCUAUAUACACAUACAUCCAUACUCGAACAUACAAUAAAUUAUUCCAACAACAGCUAGGAAAAAGCAAAAGCAUUAAAGUAACAAUAAACGAGUUGAUGAUUGAUACAAAAGCAAA